AUGGUUACAUCUAAUGCGAUUGAGGACCUGUUCAACAUGCAGGCGACGUGUAAGGUUUUCCUCAGUGCGGCGAGAUCAGACGCCGUAUACAAGCACGCUACGAUGUCUUAUAAACCGUUAGUGCGCUUUGUACUUCACCCUGAUAGGCCUAAAAAGAGAUUCAUUUAUCGAUGCGUGGAAGCAGGAAAUGUGGAUGCUAUGGUCCGACAUGGGCUCGAGGAGUGUAUCAGGUUUUGCCACCGUAACAAAGGGAUGGAACUGCUUGCAAGGGCCUCAACGGAGGGCAGCGUCGAAGCAGGUUACCUGCGCUGUGGUUUGUUAAUGUGUGAUCCCGACGACGACGAAGACAUGCGAACGGGUGUUAAAAUAUUGCAGGCUUUCACCAUUCAUGGGCUGAUCGAAAGCUUCACUGAUUUCAUGAUGGACCUCGGCAACGGUAACAAGGUUCUCUUGAAAGAGAUGUCUUCACGCAUCUGA